AUGGCUGGGUUGUAUUUGUUGGUUUCGUGCGGAUUAUUGGUUUUCAUUUCAAUCCAGGGGACUGACUCUGUUUACGAGGAAGAGCUCCAUGCUAGUUACUGGAAUCACAAAGGGAAGGAAGCCCUUCACACUGCUCUCAACAUUCAGCCUAAUCUCCACCAAGCCAAGAACAUCAUCCUCUUCCUGGGGGACGGUAUGGGAGUGACAACAGUUACUGCUGCCCGCAUUCUCAAAGGCCAAAAGGCGGGACACUCUGGAGAAGAGACCAGUUUGGUCAUGGAUACCUUCCCUCACGUGGCAUUGUCUAAGACAUACAACAUAGACCAACAAAUGCCAGAUAGUGCUGGAACAGCCACUGCAUACCUUUGUGGAGUAAAAGCCAAUUAUGGCACCCUGGGAGUCACUGCUGCAACUCCAAGGUACAACUGCAGUGCCACCUAUGGGAAUGAAGUCAAAUCUGUGCUGUAUCGGGCCAAGAAAGAAGGGAAAUCAGUUGGGAUCGUCACUACAACCCGAGUUCAGCAUGCAUCUCCAGGUGCAAACUAUGCUCACACUGCCAACCGUGGUUGGUACGCUGACUCGGAUCUCUCCCCUGAGGCUGUUGCAAAUGGCUGUCGAGACAUUGCAUACCAGCUUGUUCACAAUGUUGAGAUAAAUGUCAUACUUGGCGGUGGUCGAGAGUACAUGCUUCCAAGGACCAUGCAAGACCCAGAAUAUCCCAAAGUCCUAGGAGAUCGAAAUGAUGGAACAAAUCUUAUUGAUGAGUGGAUGAAGAAUAAAAAGAAGGCUAAAUAUGUUUGGAACAAAAAACAGUUUGAUGCUGUCGAUCCUAAAAACACAGACUUCCUUAUUGGUCUUUUUGAGCCCAAGGACUGUCGCUAUGAAAUAGAGCGCAAUCCGUUAAGUGACCCAUCCCUAACUGAGAUGACAGAAAAAGCCAUUAGGAUUCUUAGCAAAAACCCAAAAGGAUAUUUUCUUUUCGUGGAAGAUAAGGGGAGAAUAGACCACGGCCAUCAUGCCGGGAGGGCCAUAAGAUCUCUCACAGAGACUAUUGAGUUUGAUCGAGCCAUUGGGCGAGCUGCUGAACUCACAAGUGAGCUGGACACCCUGACAAUAGUCACUGCAGACCACUCACAUGUCUUCUCAAUUGGUGGAUAUUCAGCCAGAGGAAACUCUAUUUUAGGAGUUUCCAGGAGCAUUGCUGACGACCACAAGCGCUUCACUUUGGCAGGAUAUGCAAAUGGGCCAGGAUACCAGUUUUCCAAUGGAACUCGUCCAGAUGUAAAUGAAACUGUUUCAAUGAAUAAGGAGUACCGUCAACAGGCCACAGUCCCGCUGGAUUCAGAGACCCAUGGUAUUGAGGAUGUGGCUAUAUAUGCCAAAGGUCCAAUGUCCCAUCUCUUUCAUGGGGUCCAAGAACAGAGCUACAUUGCCCAUGUAAUGGCUUAUGCAGCUUGUCUGCCACCUUACGACAACUGCAAACUCAACCAUUCGAACCAUGCUGGAUCCUUCUACCCUAGCUUGCUAUUUCUCCUCAUUGGCCUAAUUAUUUCCUCUGUCACGUCAUCAUAAUCAUGUCUGACAUCACUUGUUGUUCUAACGAAAGUAUGGAUGGGCUACUGUUGAGAGUGGAAAAUAUCGCUACAACUUCGUUUUCAAUGUGUAUUUAUUGACUUUGAUCGUUGAAAUAAUUGUUUGUUGUACAUUCAAAUUAGAUGUUUUUCUGUGGCCUGAAGCCAUUGUGCUCAAUACAAUAUUUACAAUAUUAUACAAUACAAUGUUAUUUAUUUUAAAGCAAUGUUGUAAUUUUUUUGUGAGAAUUUGUUGACUCUUCAUCAUAUCCAUCCAUCCAUGCACAAAAGGGAAAUAAACUAAGUGGAUAUCAGAAAUAGCUGAAAAAUGAA